UGGCUGUAAAUAUUAUAUAUAUACAAGGUCAAAGAUACAGUUUAUCAGGAUCAUCACCAUAUGGUAUUAGAGGAGGGGAUUAUAGGUUUACAUGUCAGAUAUCUAGUGGUGAAGUUCCUAAUGUUGUAUUGUUUAACAAGGACAGAUCCCAAACCUGUACCAUAUUAUUAUCUGAUUGUCAACCAUCAUCAACUGAUAACAGAUAUACAUGUGGUUGUAUCAAUGGUAACAACAGAACACUGUAUCUUAAUAUAACUAAUGUUACAUCAACUGAUACUGGAACCUGGACCUGUGGAGAUAGCUUUAACAGAAUCACCAGUCCACCUGUUACUCUUCCUGUUUAUUAUGGACCAGAGAAUAUCAGAUUUACACCAACUAGUUCUAAUAUAACAGUGAUAGAAAAUGAAAGUAGAAAUAUAACCUGUUCAGCUGACUGUAAUCCACCACCGUGUAAUAUCAACUGGUAUAAAGGUUCCGAGACUAGUGGUAAUAUAAUAUCAUCUAGUAAUGGUCGUCUACAACUAAACAACAUCCAGAGACAAGAUACAACUUAUACAUGCCAAGCUAAACACAGAAACUUAACAACAACCCCACUCACUAAAACACUACAGAUAACAGUUUAUUGUAAGUAUUACCCUACUCACUAUAGAUAACAGUGUAUUGUAAGUAUUACCCUACUCACUAUAGAUAACAGUUUAUUGUAAGUAUUACCCCUACUCACUAUAGAUAACAGUCUAUUGUAAGUAUUACCCAACUCACUAUAGAUAACAGUUUAUUGUAAGUAUAGAUAACAGUUUAUUGUAAGUAUUACCCUACUCACUAUAGAUAACAGUUUAUUGUAAGUAUUACCCUACUCACAAUAGAUAACAACUUAUUGUAAGUAUUACCCUACUCACUAUAGAUAACAGUUUAUUGUAAGUAUUACCCUACUCACUAUAGAUAACAGUGUAUUGUAAGUAUUACCCUACUCACUAUAGAUAACAGUUUAUUGUAAGUAUUACCCCUAUUCACUAUAGAUAACAGUCUAUUGUAAGUAUUACCCUACUCACUACAAAGAACAGUUUAUUGUAAGUAUUACCCUACUCACUAUAGAUAACAGUCUAUUGUAAGUAUUACCCCUCUCACUAUAGAUAACAGUUUAUUGUAAGUAUUACCCUACUAAAGAUAACAGUCUAUUGUAAGUAUUACCCCUCUCACUAUAGAUAACAGUUUAUUGUAAGUAUUACCCUACUCACUAUAGAUAACAGUUUAUUGUAAGUAUUACCCUACUCACUAUAGAUAACAGUUUAUUGUAAGUAUUACCCUACUCACAAUAGAUAACAACUUAUUGUAAGUAUUACCCUACUCACUAUAGAUAACAGCUUAUUGUAAGUAUUAACCUACUCACUACAGAUAACAGUUUAUGGUAAGUAUUACCCUACUCACUACAUUAUUGCUCUUUUCUGACCGAGUAGAAUCUUUUAUCGCUUUAUCAGAAAAUUUGAACAGUUGGGUUAGAAAUGAAAUAAAAUAACAUGGGGUUUAACAGCCUACUGUUCUGCACCGACACGGCUAAUGAAGAUGUGCUUAUGCCAUAAAAUUUUGCUCGGACAGCGGCGCAUCGGCAAAAUCUUGUAUCCAAAUACAACUGUCAGGGGUUCUAUAACAUGCACGACAAUGGGACCACGGGUUUUCGUCCCAUCCGAACAAUUAUACUCUGUCACUUGUAUUUUAACAGAUGGACCAGAGAAUGUCAUAGUUACACCAACUAGUUCUAGUAUAACAGUGAUAGAAAAUGAAAGUAGAACUGUAACCUGUUCAGCUGACUGUAAUCCACCACCGUGUAAUAUCAGCUGGUAUAAAGGUGCUGAUACUAGUAGUAAUAUAAUAUCAUCUAGUAAUGGUCUUCUACAACUAAACAACAUCCAGAGACCACAAGCUGGUAAUUACACCUGUCAGGCUAAACAUACACAGAUAUCUGGUUCACAAUCUAAACAACUGAUGGUUAUAGUACAUUAUCCACCAACCAUAACAAGUCUAACAUCAGAUGCUACCAACAACAUGGUUGAUGAACAUUCUACUGUAACCUUCACCUGUUCUGUUGACAGUCUUCCAUCUUCAGUAAUAUCCUGGUCUAGAUCACAGCAAGAGGAACAACUGUAUUCUGGUAGUCAAUAUACCAUAUCUAAAGCUAGUUGUCAACAUACAGAUAACUAUACCUGUACAGCUAGUAAUAAUAUUGGUCAACCUGUAUCUAAACAUAUUCCACUCUAUGCUAGAUGUUCUCCAAGAGAAAACAUAGAAACCAAGAGAAACAUCAUCAAUAGAAUAGAUGCAACAAUAAAUCUAGAAGUUGAUAUAAUCGCCUACCCUGAACCAACCUUCACCUGGUACCAUACACCUACCAGACAGAUAAUAAAUACAGCUAGAACACAACAACUAUCAACUAUAAACUAUAAAUCAACAGUAGAGAUAACUCUAAACUCUACUCUAUUUGGUGAUUAUAUAGUAUCUGUACACAAUGGUAUUGGUAUUCAGAACUUCACUAUUACAGUUAUUGAUGGAGAUAUUUGUCCUGAGACGAUUAUAAUCAGUAAUCAUACUGGUGUAGAAGUUGAAUAUAGAAUGCCUGAAACAAUUCAUGGACAGACAUUUGAAACGGAUGAAAUUUGUGUUGUCGAUGGCGCUCCUAUAGGUGUAAUACGAUGUUUUAACGGCUCCUGGAGUCGGAUAGCCUUUAAUGAAAAUUGUAAUUUCCAAGAAUCAUUGAAGUCAGCGGUUACGACAAAUCUGUCGGUAAUAGCCCAGAGUAACUUAACACAUAAUUUCGAGACAAACCUUGUAAAAGUCCAAUAUUUGACCUCUAUCGCGGAUGAAUUAACGCCACUGGAUGUGAUUUACACUGCGAUUAUGUUAGAGGGUAUUUCUAAAACAGAUAAUAUAACACAACAGGGUGUCACCAAUUUUAUCAACAUUAUCAACAAUAUACAAAAUUCUAAAGAACAAGUUGUUACAGAAGCAAAUGUGAAAGUCAAUAUUUCAAACAGACUGAUUGCUAGCUUAGAUGAACUCGAACUCAGAAUUCCCACAGAUGACGACGAUGGUCAUUUUAGAUUAGUAACCAAUGAAACAGUUGUAGAAGUUUGGAAUCUGACCAGACUAAAGAGAAACCCUGUACUUGGUCUAUCGAUAGAUGUGGAGGGUUCUAACCCAGUUGAUAUAUUUGAAAACAAUGUCCUAUCGACACUGUACGAAGAAAGUGAAGUGAUUUACAAAAGAACUGAUGUUGGGAUAUUGUUAAAUAAACAAUUUGUUACACCUACAAUAGAAGAGAAGACUACAACAGAUAUACGACUAUCUAUGCAUAUGUUAAAUACCGAUAAUUUGUUUAUCACUGAUAAUAAUGACACAGUUAAUAGUAAAGUUAUAUCAGCUACAUUAACUAUAGAUAGAAAACCUGUUGUAAAUUUAAACGGUUCUUUUGUCACCAUAGUUUUCUUUCCACAAAAAAUUUUACAAGAUAAAUAUAAAGAGAAAUACAGUCAUUGUGUAUUUUGGGAUUUUAGUUUGAAUAAUUUUCGUGGUGGUUGGUCGAAUGACGGUUGUCGUUAUGUUAACACAGCAGAAGGACGAGACGUCUGUGUUUGUGAUCAUUUAACAAACUUUGCUCUUCUUUUGGAUUAUUAUGGUCACGAUUUUUUGGUACAACCAAGUCACCAACAGGCUCUAUCUAUUAUUACCUACAUUGGAUUAAUCCUUUCUAUCAUUGGAUUAGGAUUAACCAUUUUAACGUUUCUGGUUUUUAAAAAACUACGAGAAGGUCGACCACAGCAAGUCAUGUUUAAUUUAGCACUAGCCAUGUUGUCUUCGUGGAUCGUAUUUUUGACAGGAAUCAAGCAGACUGGUGAUCACGUGGGUUGUAUUGUUGUAGCGGUCUUGUUACAUUAUUUUAUCAUGGCGUCCUUCACGUGGAUGUUAAUGGAAGGCAUAUUACAAUAUCUUCUAUUUGUAAAAGUCCUAGGAAGCCAUUUCAGACAUUUUAUGCUGAAGGCGACAAUACUAGCCUGGGGUUUACCGGUUAUACCAGUUGCGAGCAUGUUAGCCAUUGAUGUAAAGCUGUAUAACGGUGGUGAAUUGUACUGUUGGAUGGGACUAAAAGGAAUGUAUUAUGGUUUUGCUCUACCUCUUGGCUUGAUUAUAUUGACUAAUAGUAUCAUCCAUAUCUUGGUCACGCACAGUAUCUGUAAUAGAAAUAAUCUCAACACAACAGUCCUUCAACACUCAGUUACAAACAUCAGAGCCUCGUUCUGCUCUUUCAUUUUUUUAGGAUUAACCUGGGUAUUUGGAUUUCUCGCCAUAUCAGAUGCUCGUCUGGUGUUUCAGUAUAUCUUCACAGUACUCAACUCUCUCCAGGGUUUCCUUAUAUUUAUCUUAUUCACUGCCAGAGAUAAAAAAGUCAGAGAUUACUGGAAACAACUUUGCUGGUCCUGCAAAACCAGGAGUACAACAUCAAAAUCUUCAAAGACCACCAGUUCCAGUACGGCCUUAUAGGGAUGAUUUCAAUUUUACUGAUAUCAGACAGAAGUACACCAACAGCGAUAUUGUCCAAAAUAUAUAAAAAUAUUGAAAUUAAAUCCACUAAAAUUAAACAUGGUUCAAGUGAAAUAUCAAUAAAUUCACGAAUUCAAUUGGAUAUAUUCUUUUCAUCCAUGGAUGUAAUAUAAUUAAUAUCAUGACAAUUCAUGAAUGUAAUAGUAUUUAUCAUGUUCAUCCAUGGAUUCAGUAUACAUGUGUAUGCAUAAUUAAUCAUCAUAACAAUUCAUGAGUAUUACCGACAGUAGAUACAGGAACACAAUAUAAGUAUCAUGAUAAUCCAACAGUAGGCUAUCGUCGAUAUGGUUAAUCAUCUCGAUACAGGAAUAUAUUUAUAUCACUAUGUUAAUCAGCUCGAUACAGGAAUAUAUUUAUAUCACUAUGUUAAUCAGCUCGAUACAGGAAUAUAUUUAUAUCACUAUGCUAUUUUACUUGAUCCAUAUACAGGAAUAUAUUUAUAUCACUAUGUUAAUCAGCUCGAUACAGGAAUAUAUUUAUAUCACUAUGCUAUUUUACUUGAUCCAUAUACAGGAAUAUAUUUAUAUCACUAUGUUAUUUCACUUGAUCCAUAUACAGGAAUAUAUUUAUAUCACUAUGCUAUUUUACUUGAUCUUUGUAUAUCUUUUAACCCGAUUUAUAUUUGUUGUUUUUUUCUUUUCUUUAUAAUUGAUUAAUUUUAUAUUCAUUUAUUGGUCUUAAAUAAUAUACAUAAUAUAAUUUAA